GCACUUCCAUCUUCCCUGCAAUUUCACGCUUCAAUAAUCUAAUUCUUAUUACCAGCAGGGACCACCAGGCCACCUACUUCUGGAAAAAGCCUUGCCUUCCAAACGCGUUUAUAUUGACUUUGAAGCACACACAAGUCUUCCACGCCUACCUUCAUCAACUUCCAAACACUGAUCUCUCCCCGUAUUUUCAUACUUGCAGUCGAUGAUGGCCGAAGCUUUUGUUCAAAUUCUACUGGACAAUUUGAACUCACUCAUCGGAAAUGAGGUUGGGUUGCUCUGGGGUGUUGACAAAGAAAUGAAAAAACUUUCCAGCUUGUUCUCAACUAUUCAGGCCGUGCUUGAAGACGCUGGGGAGAGGCAAGUAGAGGACAAGGCAAUCAAGAAUUGGUUAAGGAAGCUAAAAGAGGCGGCUUAUGUGGUAGAUGACAUCUUGGAUGAUUGCGCCACUGAAGCCUCUCGAUUAGAGCAUAAAUGCCAGAAUUCAAGGUUUAUAAACAAGACAAUGUCUUCUUUCAUGCAUAAACUUCGUCCACAUAAUAUUUUAUUCUGUCACAAGAUCGGUGUUAGGAUGAGAGAGAUUACAGAUAGGUUAGAUGAAAUUGCUCAAGAGCGAAGUAAAUUUCAUUUGAAUGAGUUUGUUUCAAAUAGGGGAAAUGAAGUUACAGAAAGACGCCAAACUGCCUCCGUUAUUACGCAAUCUCAAGUAUAUGGAAGAGAUGAGGAUAAAGAAAAAAUUAUUGAAUGCCUGGUGAAGCGUGUAGCCUGUUGUGAUUGCAUUUCAAUCUACCCAAUAGUUGGUUUAGGAGGCCUUGGAAAGACAACACUUGCUCAAGUAGUCUUCAAUGAUGAAAGAGUGAAGAGUCAUUUUGAGGUGAGAAUUUGGGUUUGUGUCUCUGAGGAUUUCAAUGUGAGGAGGAUUGUUAAAGCUAUUAUUGAAUCUGCAAGCGGAACUACUUGUGAAUUCUUAGACUUGGACCCUUUGCAGCGACGACUACAAGACUUGUUGAAUGAGAAACGGUAUUUGCUAGUCCUAGAUGAUGUGUGGAAUGAAGAUCAAGAUAUGUGGGACAGGUUAAAGUUUGUAUUGGCAUGUGGGUCAAAAGGGGCUUCAAUCAUCGUCACAACUCGUAUCAACAGGGUUGCAUCAAUUAUGGGAACGUUUCCCCAGCAUAACUUAUCAGGUUUACUGGAGGAUGAUUGCUGGUCAUUGUUUAAGGAGCGUGCAUUUGGACCUGACAGAGAAGAACGUCCAAACCUUGUAGAAUUGGGGAAGGAGAUAGUGAAGAAGUGUGGGGGUGUGCCUCUAGCUGUAAAGUCUCUAGGCGGCCUGAUGCGCUUUAAAGACCAGGAAAAUGAAUGGCUCUCUGUUAGGGACAGUGAACUUUGGAACUUGCCACUUGGGGAAAACUCUAUCUUGCCAGCUUUACGGUUAAGUUACUCUCAUUUACCAUCAAAAGUUAGACAAUGUUUUGCUUAUUGUGCUUUGUUUCCUAAGGAUUUUUGGAUUGAGAAAAAAAUGCUGCUUCAUCUAUGGAUGGCCAACGGGUUUAUUCCUUCCUCGGGAAAACAGGAGCUAGAAGAUAUUGGUAAUGAGAUAUGCAAUGAAUUAUGUUGGAGAUCUUUUCUUCUUGACAGUGAGGAAUAUAAUCUGGGUAACGUCAUCAGAUUUUCUAUGCAUGACCUCGUUCAUGAUCUUGCCCAAUCUAUAAUGGAAGAUGAAUGUCAUGCAGUGGAGUAUCAAUGCACAAAUUUUAUCUCAAAAGGAAUGGUUCAUGUCAGCAUAAAUACUGAUUUGCUGCAAUCAUUUGUGAAGUCUAAUGCUUUGCAUGGAUUAGAAACCCUGAGGACAAUUUAUCUGGUGCCAGGAUAUACCUUCAACUUUUCUUGUGACUUCUCAAGAUUUAUUUCUUUGAGAGCAUUAUCUGUGUUUCAGCAUAAUGGGAAAAAGUUGUCUUCAAUUAGCCAUUUAAAGCAUUUAAGGUACUUGAACCUUUCUAACUCUAAUUUCGUAAAGCUUCCAGAAUCAAUUUGUAGGUUGGUUAACAUGCAGACUUUGAUACUAGAACAAUGUGGUUCUCUUCUGAAGCUACCUAAACGGAUGCAGUGCCUUAAAAAUCUACGACAUCUUUACCUGAAUCAUUGUUAUAAAUUAUCACAAAUGCCCCCAAGAAUUGGGCAGAUCACUUGCUUACAGACUUUAACUCUAUUCAUUGUGGGUAAGAGGAAAGGUUAUCACCUUGCCGAAUUGAAAGAUUUAAAUCUAGGAGGAGAGUUGCAUAUUAAAUAUCUUCAGAGAGUGUGCAAUCCGCUGGAUGCAAAAGAAGCGAAUUUGUUGGGAAAGCAAAAUCUCCGCCGCUUGACCUUGUCCUGGGAACAAGUUGGUGAAUCUGAAUUGCUGGAAAAUGCUGAGGAGGUCCUUGAAGCCCUUGAGCCUCCCCGAAACCUUGAGCAUUUGGUUAUAGAGGGAUACAAAGGUGCCCAUUUUCCACUUUGGUUGAAUGAUCAAAAUCUUAGUAAAGUUGUUUCUAUUGAGCUCAUGGGAUGUUCAAAUUGUGUUCAACUUCCUUCCUUGGGGAAACUGCCUUUCCUUCGAUAUCUUAUAAUCAAUACAAUGACUCAAGUACUGUACAUUGACCAUGAUAUUCAAAGUGGAGGACUAAUAGGAAGAUUCCCAUCUUUGAAGAAACUGGUGAUUUCUAAAAUGCCAAGGUUACUGAGGUUGACAAUAGAGGAUGGAAAAGAACUUUUCCCUUGUCUUACCAACCUGGAAAUUUAUAAUUGCCAUAAAUUGACUCUGCCAUGUCUUCCUUUAUUGAAAGAUUUACGAGUGCGUGGCUGUAGUGAUGCAUUGCUAAGAUCGGUUCCUUCAUUGCAAUGCUUACUGGUGGGAGGUUGUAGUGACGCAUUGCUGAGAUCAAUCUCAAACGCUAGACGCCUGAAUUACCUACACAUUUGUGAUAACGAUGAGUCAAUUUACCUUCCACAAGAGAUGUUGCAAAAUCUCACCUCUCUUCAUUCAUUUACUAUUGGCAGUUUCAGCAAGCUUAAGGGGCUUCCCACAGAGUUGCAACAACUUUCCGACCUCCGGGCAUUAAACAUUUUUAACUGCCCAGAGCUGGUAGCCUUUCCUGAAGGUAUUAAACACCUUAGUUCCCUCCAGCAUUUAACCAUAUCUGGUGGAGUCUCAUAUAUGGGACUUCAAUAUGAUCUAAACAACCCCACAGGCUAUAAAUGCGCAUGUUUGUUAGAUACACCUUCUGAGGCUAAGUUGGCAGUCUUGCCGGAGGUCUUGAGGUAUAUCCCUGCACUGCAGUCUUUGUGUGUAGCCAGCUACCGUGAUCUAGCAUCAUUGCCUAAUUGGCUGGGAGACCUUACAUCUCUUCAGUCUUUGUACAUCUAUAACUGCCCAAACUUGUCAUCUCUUCCCGACGGCAUUCAGAGUCUCAGCAAUCUAUUGGAACUAGAGAUUUAUUGCUGCCCUGAAUUGGUUAAGCGAUGUGAGAAAGAAACGGGGGAGGAUUGGUACAAAAUAGCAAAUAUUCCGAAGAUUAGUGUGAAGUUGUAACCUGAAUUUUUUCGGAAACGAGAAUUACAAACUAGUAAAACUGAUUGUUGCAUCAAGUUGAAAGAUAUGAUAGGCAUUUGAUGCUAGUGCUGUUUCAAGCUCAAUUUGAAUCCAUUAUAUCUAGUUCAAGUCCAUUCCUGUUGGUGCAAAGCGUUGUCAAAAUCUGUUGGCAGACUUAAUAAUGUUGUAGGAGUGGUAAGUAGUGUUGAUGGAGAGGUAAAUGAGCUAAACUCACAUUAAAUUGUUGAACUAGAUUUCUAACCCGAGUUUGACUCGAAGAUAUGGAUUUGAGCCCUAAUUGGCUUGUCUCGAUUCCACACCUGGUGCAACUAGGUUUAUUUUUCAUACCAAGUUAAAGCAAAAACUUCUAAUGACGUAGAAAAUGAUUAUUACUUUUUUUUUUGCCGGGAAUA